AGGCGGAAGUACAUAAAAUAACGUAAACAACCACAGGCGCAACUGAAGCAAAGUCCUGCUGCAACAUCUACGAGUCGUUCAUGAACAUGAGCUGACUAAAGUCGGCAGCCUUCACGAAGCAAUUUCGCCGCUUAGGACAAAGUAAGUUGAUGUGACUUUUGCCAGCGCGAAAUUGAGGGGAAUGAGUUUGGGAUCCACUAUGAGUCUCAGAUGUCAUCUUUUGUUGGGUCUGGCAGCGGUCUCUGCGUUUGCCAUGUCGCCUCCACACAUGUGGACCAAACUCAUCCUCACCCACCACUGGCCCAACACUUUCUGUUCUAUCGAGUCCUGUCAUCAUCCGAACAUCAGCUACUGGACACUCCAUGGAUUCUGGCCUGAUAAAGGGAAUCUUUGCAAUGCAUCAUGGCAUUUCAACUCAUCUGAAAUAAAGGACUUGCUUCCAGACAUGGAGAUCUCCUGGCCUGAUUUACUGAAACCUGCAUCAUCUGGAUUUUGGAAAUACGAAUGGUACAAACAUGGCACAUGUGCUGCCAAAGCUCCCGCACUAAACAGUCAGCACAAAUACUUCAGCAAGGCCCUGGAACUGUACCAUAAAGUGGACUUGGAUAGCAUGCUGAGGAAAUUUGACAUCAUCCCAUCUGCAAAAUAUUACAAGUUUUCACAAAUCGAAGGAGUCAUUGAAAACUUCUAUGGCGUCACACCUAAGAUACAAUGUGUCCAUCCAGCUGAGAAUCCUGAUGUGCAGGUUUUGGGUCAGCUCGAGAUUUGUUUCAGCCCUGACUUCUCUCUCCUGGAUUGUGAGAAAGAGAUCUCUUCCCCUGGAGGCUCCGCGUUCAGCGUCUGCGACCCUGACGUUCUCGUUUACUAUCCGCCUCUUUGAAACACCCACAUAACGCACGACGUUUACAAAUGUACACAUAUUGUACAUCCUCAUUUUUUUAACCAAUUAAAUGUAAGUUUAGCAAGUCUAUUUGCACGCAGGCUGAGAUAGGCAAGCAAACAGUUUCCUUUUUUUUGUCAUGUAGCUACUUCAUGAACUUGAUCUCUCAGUGAUCUACCGUUUUUUUCAAAUAGUGUCAUAGAUAUAAUUGUGCCACAGUUAUGGCAGCUUUUUUAUGUUCACUUUUUUUGUAUUUUAACAAACAUUUCACAACAGGAUUCAUCUUGUUGAGUUACCUCUCUUCAGCACGUCAAAAAUUAUGUACAUGUCCAACCAUGAGCCGUUUCGGGUUGUUUACAGCAGCAGCAUUGACGUGUAUGUUGUUAUCUCACCUAUCAGACUGCGUUCGGGCUAAUCUAAUGAUUUAAGAGUAGCAAGGAUAAUUUAGUUGAGAGUGAUAACAUAGAUUAUUUAGGGGCAGACCAAGUUCAUUGCUAAUCAUAUGCCACUGUUUUUGGAUUGUAAUUCAACUUUCAGGGAGAGGACUGCAGAGGAACUUUGCCAUUGUUGUUGUUGUUAUAAUGCCAGAGCUUGUACUUAUGGUGCUCUGUUUUACUAUGCUAGAUGCAUAGGGGCAGGUAAUCAUAGGAAUACAUUUCCCUUGUUAAUUAUCAAUUGAAAAAUGAUUCAUUGUGUUUUUGUCAUUGGUAACUGUAGAAAUAAAUUCAUGUCCAUAAAA